CACUGCUGACGUAACCGCGUGACGCCAUGAGGAAACACGAUGUAAACAAAGCGAAACAGCAGCGGGUUAAUUAUCCGGGUUAAUUUAGUCUGAGUUAUUCUCGUUAGCGCGGAUUCACUUUAACUUUGUUUGAUUACGUGUUUUAGUGAACGGAGCUGUUAGCUGACCGUGGCUAACGUCAGCUAGCUGCUAACUAGGUUAGCUCUGAACAACAUGGAUGAUAACAAGAUGGUGGCUGGUAAAGUGAAGAAGCCGGGGAAACGCGGCCGUAAACCUGCCAAGAUCGACCUGAAGGCCAAACUGGAGCGAAGCCGUCAGAGCGCCAGAGAGUGCAGAGCCAGGAAGAAACUGAGGUACCAGUAUCUGGAGGAACUGGUCUCCAGUAAAGAGAGAGCCAUCUGUGCCCUGAGGGAGGAGCUGGAGAUGUACAAGCAGUGGUGUUCAGCCAUGGAUCAGGGGAAGAUCCCGUCAGAGAUUAAAGCUCUGCUGACCGGGGACGAGCAGAAGAUGCCUCAGAGCGGCAGCAGCACCAAGACGUCCAAGAACAACAAGAACAACAUCAGCAGCAAUGGUCAGGGUUAGACUGACUGACUGACUGACUGACUGACUGACUGACUGACGAGGAGGACAGGAAGGGUUAAAGCCUGACCGUGUGUCGACCAGUCACAGCCUUUUUAUUCUCCUCGUGUCACAGUUGUUGGGUUUGAUUCUGUCUCUGCUCCACCUCAGCAAUCCAUCAGUGUCAUGUGACUUAUAAACCCCCUCCUCCCUCUGUCUCCAGGGUUUUCACACUGGGUUAAAUCAGAUCGUCGAACAAUCCUACACACCUGCUUCUGUAACCAAAACACAAAGAGUUCUCUGAUGAACAGAUGAACAGACCUGAACACAGAUUCUGUUCUUAAAAACCAGUUUACUUAGAGGAGGAAUGUGUCACUUAUUUUCUGUUUCAUCUUAAACAGAGAAGAAGUUUCCUUAUCAGUGUAAAUUAUUAUUAUUAUGUAAAUUAACAGUCGAUAAAAUUAAAAUCCAAGUUUCCGUCUCUCAGUACAAAACAGUGAAGGUUAGAAUAUGAACUACAUUUUAAAAGAGAAGUUCUCCUCUACAGAUGAAGAUUCAGUCAAACUUCAUCAUCUGGUCUGUUUUUGUCUCCUUAAAUUCAGGUGUUUAGGAACAAACUGGGUCCUGGUCCUGGUCCUAAACUUCAGAUUCAGAAACUUCGCUGUGUAAACGUAUUCUGAGUCACUUGCCUGAAUGAUGGAGAGAAUAAGAGGAAGGUAAAGAGCUGAGGUGUUGUUUGUUCGGUGUUUCUUCAGUCUGUUUCGGAACAUUAGCUGAGGAUAAAUAUUUGUUGACGUUUUCGGAAUCGGACCGGUCCUGAUGUAGCACUAAACCUAAACCUCCGAGCUCGGAGGAGUCACCGUGUAGAGCGAUGUUGGAGGGCGAGCUGGACGUGUGGUGGAUAUAUUUUUGUAUUUGUAUUUUGUAUGAGCUGAGAUGAAGCUCUGUGUGGAGAGUUCAGUGAUGAUGAAUGUUUGCUGGAACAAGUUGGAGCCUUUUCUGAGUGAAAUGAUAAUAAAUUGAAUUACAUUAAUGACCCAAAGCUUUUUAUUAUUUUCUAUUUACUCCUGUUCGCUGUUUGUUUUUCCUCCCUCCUCACUUGUCUCUAACAGCUGAAGGAAACAGAUGUUUGCAGAUGUUGCCCUUUGAUUUCAUUUCGGACCAACACAUUUUAAGCUUCUUUGUUUUGUAUUUUGUCAGUGAGUUGAUUUGAGAAUCCUCAUUAAAGUUUGUGCACUUUCUUAAAUUUGGCAGAAGCACUUUGUUAGAUGAUCACAGGUGGAAUCUGACCUGAGAUCUGCUCUUUUUGUUUCUAAAAGAAAAUAAACGUGUGUGUUUGACUGUGA